UUAUCACAAAACCUUUCGAAUUCCGAUAUAUUCGGUUCGGAUCUGUCACUUGAGAAAUUGGAUCGGGUUAUGUAAGCUUAAUUGCGCAUAUUUGACCCAUAUAUUCUACGUUCACAGGUUGGUCUCUUGCCCGCUAUCCCCGGGAAUUCAAUUUUCGUACACACUACUCAAAGUCCAAGAGUCUCAGCCCUGUUUCUGCAAACCGAACUACAAGAAAGGGAAUUGCCCUCGAGGUUGUGACCAUUGUGUUGUGAUGUUGAGACUUGCAUGUCGUAAGUUAUGUGCUCGCAUGAAUGGAGGCUGUGAAAUCAGGCAUUUAUCAUGUACACAGAGGAGUGCUUUUCACUCUGCUCGGCCUUGUCUGGCACCAAGAAGCUUUUUUGGGGUAGAAGAUUUUCUUGAUGAUGAUAAUAGCCGGCCAUACACUUAUCAGAAAGAGAAGAAGUCAAAGAAUCCAAACAAGCAUGUAUCUUUCAAGCAACGAACUAUAGCUUACAUGGAACCAUUUACUCUGGACGUCUUCAUUUCAAAGCGCUUUGUCUCAGCUUCAAUCACCCACAGGGUGACAUGCAAGCAGGUCGCAGUUGCUGGUACUAACUCCAAAGAUAUCAAGGCCGCACUCAAAUCAAGAUCAGAUAUACCUGCGUGUUUGGCCAUAGGUCAGAUUUUGGCUGAUAGGGCUAGAGAAGCCGAUGUCUAUACAGCUUCUUAUACUCCUAGGGAAAGGGAUAAGUUUGAAGGGAAAAUUAGAGCGGUUGUUCAGUCCCUCAUCGACAGUGGAAUUGAUAUCAAAAUUUAUCUUGAUUGACCAGUUUGUAAGUCUUUUGCAUUUUAGGCUUUCACAGAGGGAGAGAGUCUGCAGCUUUUGUUUAUGAAACAAGAACUAACUCUAGACCGCAAGAUUUCAAUGGAUUAACCUUAUCUUGUCA